AUGGCCCAGGUCGCGAGGACCGCCACCGAGCCCGGCGUGGGCGGCGCCGCGAGGGCGCGGCCGCCCGCGGCCUGCACCGAGCUGGAGAUCAUGGACGACGCCGAGCGCGAGGAGUGGCAGGGGCAGAUGGAGGUGCGCAACACGUUCCUCCACGGCCGCCUGGCUCGCUCGCCGUCCCUCGAGGCGUUCUACCGGGAGCGCGAGGUCUCGUCCUGCCCUGGGUGCAAGUCCGGCUGCCUCGAGGGGCUCUUCCAUGAGGACGCGGCAGUCGUGCGCGACCAGUCUGGCCAGUCCUCCGCAUCCGACGGCACGACCGAGACGCCUGCACUGUCGCCGAGGAGCGGCUGGAGCGAGACGGAGUGCCAGCAGGUCCUGUGGCCGCACCCAGCCGCGGUGCUGCCCCCCGCCCCCGUGCGGCCGCCCGUGCUCCUCCACGCCCCCGCGGCGGUGCCCCCGGCGCCGUGCCCAGGCCCCUCGCCGCCCUGGCGCCGCGGCGGCCCCACCCUCGUGCGCCUCGCGGACUCCCUGCUCGCGGGCGGCCCCGACGCGGCCGGCCCGCACCCUGGCGCGCGGCGCGCGCCGGAGAGCGCGGCGCAGCCGCCGGCGAGUGCCGCGCCGGGCUCGGAGGAGAGCUUCCCAGCGUCGGCUCCGCCAGCCACGGCGUCGGGCGCUGCAAGCCCUGCGCCUUUGUGCACAGCAAGGGGUGCGCGGAUGGGCCCAUGUGCCAGUUCUGCCACUUGUGCGAUCCAGGCGAAAAGAAGCGCAGGCAGCGCGAGAAGCUCAAGUGCCGCAAGGCGGCGUUCAGGGAGCGCGGCUUGA